GACCAGCCUCUUGACUUCAGAAAUUAGAGUACUUACAUCCGUCUUGUCAAGAAUUGCCAAUGUAACCUUUUUGUUUUUGACUUCAUGUCCAACAGCUCUGUUCUUGCAAUUAUCUGACCUGAUUCCUCCGACUACCCUUUGCACUUUUUAGCUUCCUGCACACACCAUUUUCAAUAAUAAGCUCGUACAUUUCCAAGAAGGAACAAGUCCUAGUAGAUGCAAAACAAGAACAUGCCACCAUCCAAAAUGUCAAGAAUGGCCAGGUCAAAGUGCUCUGGUCGUCGCGUGGUGGUUGGUUUUCUUACCGGUUCCACUGCCUACGCAAGAUUCGAGUACGAUGGAGGACGUUCGAAGAUUCUGUUUAACAACCACGACCGGUUUAAUAUGGUAUCAACUUAGGAAUUGUAAUUAAAAUUAUUGAUGCUGAUCUCCUUUUACACGCAUUCUGCAGUACUAGUUCUAUCCGUUUAAUAAAUACAUCAUCGCUAGUAUCAUGCAGGCAAGACUUGUUUUCUCUCCUACCAAAAAUUUAGACUCCAAGAACCAAAAAACCCAAACAGCUCACAAACAACUACAAACAGAAACACAUCAAUCUCAACAGGACCCAGCCUCAAACCAGCCAGGUGUAAAGACUAAAGAAUGUCCGAAAGCUGAGGAGCUGUCUCCUUUCGCGGGGAUUGCAUUUGCUGGUGGUGAUAUCCUCGUUCGAUUCGACGAGGAUGAUUCCAUGCCGACUUGUCGGGUCUUGAAGAAAAUCGGAACCUCAGCUGGCGAGGAAGGGGCUGUUGAUUAUGGUCCAAAAUGAAUUUUCUUGUGCUGUAGUGUUGUUCUUGUAGUAGUUGUUGUCGUGGUGCGUCUACUACGUGUCGGACUUCGAUUUAGGAUACAGCUUACCUUGGUGACCUUUCUCAUCCUCGCCUACAUUUUUACCGAAGUGAAUGAAGAACCCAUCUUCAGUGAAUCAACAGCAUAAGAGCCCACCUCUAAUCCCGAGCGGAAAAAAUGAACGAAUUUGCGAAGCGUUGUGGGCCUGUUGGGGAGUACAAGCGUCGCAUCGCAGAAUCCUGGAACAUUCCGAUGUUCACAGGUGGUGUAGAUUGGGUUGGUGGAGAAGGUGAAGAAAUCUGGGUCGAAACUGAACGAGUGCUAGUGGAUGGAGAAGAGCCACUCGAUUGGGUCGUAAAAAAGGUGGGUGGCCACGCGGACGCAUCGACGAGUGAGACAGAGACCACGACGAGUGCAGCAGUGGAGAGUAGCGGUGCAGACGGUGACGUUGCUGAUGCAGGAGAGAAAGAUGAAAACGAUGAGGAAGCAGAGGAAAUGAUCAAACCUCCAUUUCAAAGUAAAGUUAAGGCUUAAUACCAAAAUUAAUAAUGUAAAUCCAUCUGCCGAGGCAUCCUGGACGGAGUAUGUAGAGACUCACUCUUCAGGACAACUCGUUCCAGGAAUGAGUGGUCCAGGAUGAAUGUAUGCCAAGAUGGAUUAGCGCGACCGCGGGCUCCUCUAAUUUAGGCAACACCACCGAAAUAGUAACCGAUGCAGAUGGUGUUAAGCGUGAAAUCUUCAAGGGCUGGAUCACUGUGAACAAGAAUAAGUGGCUCUCCGUCAAAGAAUGCUGGGGUGCAGGUUGCAGCUGUGAUCAGACUAUUAAGGCGAGUAAUUUUUUGAAAGAAUACAGCUGUGCGUCGAGUGCUGGGCAAGUCAAUUACACCCUAGAUUUUGACUUGUUACAUUCAUUCUCCCACCAUCCAUUCGAUGAAACUAAGUACAACAAGUAGAGGUAUGCAGAGAUCAAAAAGGGCAGACAUAAUGAGGAGUCACGAAAAUAGAUGCAACAACGAAAGAAAGAGAUAGAUAAUCACGCACCUUAUAACUCUAGACGCUCUAGUAUACCCCGUGAGAGUGAGUGGGUACAUUGAUCAAUCACUCAAUCAAUCAAUCAAUCAACUACAUAUAUCCACGACGCCCAUUCAUCUCCUCCUCUUCUAAUAUGAAAUCUCCCCGAUUGCGAAUUUUCCUGUACGUUCUGGGCGCCGUCUGUGUGAUCGGACUGCUAAACGACAUCAUCAAGUUCUACAUCUAUGGCCCGCCACCGCCAGAGACGGACUCGGAGGAGGAGGAGGAACGGCGAAGAAGGGAGAAGAAGGAAAAAAAAGAGAAAAAGGAGAAAAAAGAAAAUUAUGUUGACAUCAGGGAAGAUUAAUCAUUUUGUAUUUGAAUCUUAGACCCAGUUAGGUAGAACAGAAUAGUAUGUAUGUAACUACCACGACCGCAUUAUAACAUGUAUACAUAGAUUGUAUUGUAGUUGUACUACAAGAAGAUGAAUCGCUGUACAGACUAGAUGAUUGUCCACCCCCCACAACUAGAAUGAGGAUCAUAUGGAUCUCACCCGUCUUGUUCCAUCGUACUGUAUCAAAAUUCUACUCGUCCUCCUGAAGAUGGACAUAUAAUUAGAAUAAGUUGAUGAUGAUGAUGUUAGUCUCUAAUGGUCGAAGGAGAAGAAGGAAAAGAAGGACAAAAAGGGUAAAGAUGGUGCUGACGGGGACGAAAAGGAAACAGAUGGAAAGGACGAACCUCCAAGCAGUUCGCGCAGUAGCGAUGAGGCCGCAGAGAACGAGAAGGAUGAGGAAGCCAAAAAGAAGGAAGAUGCUCCACCAGAGGAGAAGAAGGAGAAGUGAUUUCAUGCUGUUGUUGUCUUAGUACACUUACUGGUGAUAUAUAAUUUAGAUACUGUCUGGUGACAUAUUUAUUUUUGUUAUAGGAUCAAGAUGAAAAAGGUAGUUGGAGGUAGAAACAUGUUGUCCAAAAAGAAAAUCGCCUAAAACAUCUGCUAAAUAAGCUGCUCCAAGGAUAUGCAUCUGUAUCACAAGUUUGACAUCACUUAUAGUUUCACAACUUCUGACGCUGACCGAAAGCAUCAUUUCACAGCUGUGCAUCGAGCAGUAUCCUACACACCCUUGUGGCUUUGUCAGCGUUUAGAAGCAAGGUUGACAACAUCUUCUUGCUGAAACAACUAUGUCUACGAUUCUAGAAUUUUUUCCACGUAGCUACAUACUCGUACUUGUAUUCUUACUCCUGGAGUCUCCUGUCGCAAUAAAUUUAGAUUUGUCUUGCACGUAUGUGUCGCCUGUGUCUAAGACCACCACGUGCCGAACACACACCAACACAACCCCAUUUAAGCACCUUUUUGGAUUCAAGGAUCGCAUUGAGCAUUGAGGUAUCCAUCUCCCUGAAAUUGCUUCCCCUAUGACGACCCUUGCGGUGAUUCUCUCUGUUUUCUCACACACUACAACAACCUCAUAUAAGCUCGUGCUCAGAUAAAGCGGUAGCUUACAUGUGGAUGUCCCACAUCCACACGUCCACAACUUGUAUAAAUAGGAAACCUGGCUGUCCGCUGUCCCUACUUCUAUUAAAGCCUCCUCGAGGACUGAGAUGAGGUGCAGAUAUUCACCACGAUUGGGACUUUCUUUGUCUCUCAGCGCCAACGUGAUGUCUUCUCGAGUGGCCGACAGCGUGGUGGAGAGCUUAUCAAUCUACUCAACUAGAGUUUUGUUUUCGAGUUGCAGAUUGACACUUUUUCUUUUGAUGAGGAAAUUUUUAUUUUCCAGUUAAGAGGAACGUAGUCGUAGUAGUACUAGAGGAAGAUGCUCAUUCUUGUUCGAGAACGACUACAUUCGCAUUAUGAAUUCAGAAGCUACAACAUUGAAGAAUCACAUAAGAGUAAGACUGUCUCAAGAACGAGUUUUUUAAACCACAACCGUGCAUCACAUUUCUAAAAA